AUGGCAGUCGUCCACACGCACCGCACCAUCCUUGUGCCCGGGACAAAAUUACAACCUGAUGAGUCCGAAUCUCAGAUUUUGAACUGUAACGCCCACAUCAUUAAAAUUUCUUCUGGAGCCGAUCAUGACAUCCCAAGGGUCGGAUUUGAUCCCGUCGCAGGGUCGUCGUUGGAAUUCCACAUCACACCUCUGGGGCCGAUAUGUGGUGCUUCUCAACUUUAUGUGUAUGUAUCUGUCAUCCGUAUCCUCUCCGGUUUCUCCGUCUUAUCAACGAAAGUCCGUGUCCGUCCCAACGAGGAAUUCGGGCCCAUCUCCAAACUGCCCUCAAAGCGAAAUGCUUCACCUGCGUCACCACUCCGUCCCCCGUCCCAACCGUCAGAUGACGAUUUAUAUUUGAUGGACUUAGACAUCUAUGACGAUCUCCUUGCGCAAGCGGAUAAAAUAGAGGCAGAAGCAUUAUUAUUAGCGACUUUUUCUAAGCCACCGGGCAUGAAAGGCUUAGGUUCACCCAGCCUUGCGGGAAAAUAUGUUGGCAUCAAAUCGGAUGAUAGCAUGUAUGCGGACGACCUGGAUCAUGGAAAAGAGAAUGUUCCAACACGGACGCGGACGGUAGUCGAUGAGGAUAUAAUUGAAAUUUUUUUGAUCAAUGUUGCAAACUCUUCGUAUGUGAUAUCCCUUGGUCAAUUAUAUCACCGCUCGCUUUCAAUUGUUAGGAGACCUAUUUCAUAG